GGUUUACUUUACACUUGAGUAGAUAUAGAAGAAUAGAAAAUGCAGUUGGACAUUGUAAAUUUUUGAAGCUCAUGGAAAAAUUGGUGACCCUUUCAGACAAGAUUAUUGAAGCGUGGAACCGUUAUAUUAUGGUGUUUUGAUUCAGAAUCACCAGUUGCGCGGGCGCAGCGAAAGUGAACAUGUGUCAUACCUUGCAUUGUAUUGUGAUAUUUGCCUUUAUUGUAUUGAAUUGCGAAGCUUUAACCUGCCGUUCAGAAGGCGGACCUAAGGAAAAUGAGCUCAAAUCCAUAUACAUGACUUGCUUGAAGAAGCAAGAAGGGAAAAACACCAGCGAUUCUCACGGGUACACAGAGGACCAGGAUUUGAAGGAAACUAGGGGCCAAUCGAAGUUUCAUCCAAAAACCAAAUGGAACAGCGGCUCUAUGGGAGAUAUAGAUGACAGAAUAAGAGACAGGGAUGAUAGAGACGAUAGAUCAAAUCGGGAUGAUAGAUCGAGAAAUAGAGACGAUCGAAUGGGAGACAGAAAUGACAGAAUGGGUGGAAGAGAAGAAAUGUUCGGUAGAGAUAGAGCAGGCGGACGGGAUAAUAUGAAUGGCAGAAAUAAUAUGAUGGAUAAAAAUGAAGAUAUGAACAGAUUUGGAAGGGAACCGUAUGGUGAUCGACAAGGUUUUCCGCAAAGCGAUGAAUACGAUAGUGAAAUGAUCCGUUACGGGCAACACUCUACAACCCAGUCGUCCCGAAGGUUCAAGAGGAGCAGACGUACGGAAAUUAACUCUGGACAAAGAAGUCAGUACAAUCCGAAUACCAGAAAGACCUCGCAGUACGAGGAAACAUUUAAGAAUGAUGACAAGAACUCCAGUAAUUCUAGCAGAGAAAUAGAUAACAAAGCAUGCGCUUUGCAUUGCUUUAUGGAACAGCUGGAAAUGACAGGUGACAAUGGUAUGCCAGAUAGAUAUCUGGUUACACAUGCUAUCACAAAAGAUGUGAAGAAUGAAGAUCUAAGGGAUUUUCUGCAAGAAUCGAUUGAAGAGUGUUUCCAGAUACUUGACAAUGAAAACAGUGAAGACAAGUGUGAAUUUUCGAAGAAUCUAAUGAUGUGCUUAUCAGAAAAAGGACGAGCCAACUGUGAUGACUGGAAAGAUGACCUACAAUUUUAAUUUUGUAACAGAUUUUAUUAAU